AUGGAUCAAAGUGAGGGAAAUGACGUCUCUGGCGUCUCAAAUAAGGCAGAGGUUUCCCCGAAAUCAAAACAGAAGAAAAAGUCCCUCUGUCGCAUGCUCAUGAACAAAAAGACCAAGGUCGGCUGUCUGGAGUCCUCGUACAAAGAUGGGGAUUCAAAUAGGAACUCCAAGAUAGAGAGCUCCCAGCAUGGAUCUCAGACUAGCACCAAACUAUCCCUAUGCUGCGCUAUGACCGAACGUAGCAGAACACCACCUCAGAGCUUGACUAUUAGCAGACUUUCCCCGAUGACAUUGAGUCAUACCUCGGUCAAGUCUGAAGUAGCUUCCAUUGAUGAGGAUCGUGGAACGACCAUAGUAGUUGAGCAUCAGGAAGAGACGCAUGUUGCAAAUGAUGAGGCUCAAGCAGUUCAAGAGACUGUAGUCAGAAGGAGUAAUGUAGCAAUGGGAAAGGAGCGUCCUAAUACUUACAUAGAAGACUCAACGGAAGACUCGUUCGAAGAUUCUUCAGAAGAUGAAAACGAACAUCUGAUUGAGUCUGAGAAAACUCAAAAAUACUUUAAGGAUGAGUACUUUACAAAGGGAAAAUAUAUCACUUAUUUCUUCCUGGAAAUGGAACGGCAGUUCUACAAUCCUAAAGAUGUUUACUGUAUGGUUCAGUAUCAUGUUACUGAAAAACCAGAGAAAAAAGGUGAAUAUUCUUCCUCCGGAUCGCUAUCGCCGAGUAUAUCAGGACAAUUACGCCGUAGAUUGCUUCAUAGGAGAUCAGCAGAUAACUUGAUUGUAAACUCACCUACAAGCUCUUUGAGACAUUCUAGUCCAGAUUCUAUUAAAAGUGCACCGAUCCAUCAUAAACCACGUUCAACGUCCCACGAUGCUCUGUCCAAAAAGAAUCGUUACUUUCGUCAAACGACAGGGGCGUCUAUGGAUAGCUUGGCAAAGCAAUCAUUACUUGCUGCACAAGUACUUAACUUAAUUCCUACUCAAAAAGCACGAGAAAGGAAUUUUCUUCAUGGAAGAAUCGCCGCUAAUUCCUUACUCGGACCAGUGGAACUUGAGAAAGUAUUACCUAAUCGAGAAUUAAAAAUUUUUAUCGGCACGUGGAAUAUGAACGGACAGACCCCGCCAAAGGAAUUGAACGAUUUUAUGUUGCCAUCCGACAUAGAGACUGUUCCCGAUUUGUUAGUUAUAGGGACACAAGAGUCAUGUUCCGAACGACAUGAGUGGGAAGCAGCUUUGCAAGAAACUGUCGGUCCUUCACACGUGCUACUAACUAGCAGUAAUCUCGGUACACUUCACCUUGCAUUAUUUAUAAGACGAGACUUGAUUUGGUUCUGCUCUAUUCCGGAGGAGGAUAACUUCUCAACGAGAACUGGAACGGCAUUCAGAACGAAAGGCGCAGUUGCUAUAGCUCUCAUGAUAUUCGGCACCAGCUUUCUCUUUGUUACCGCUCAUUUGACCGCGCAUCAAGACAAGGUAAAAGAACGGGUCAAUGAUAUAAAGAGAAUCGUUAGAAAUCUUGAUCUACCUAAAGAACUACCUAUCAGGCACAAAAGCAAAGAUGUAACACAAAAUUUUGAUUGCGUGUUUUGGUGCGGUGAUUUAAACUUCCGUCUAGCUCAACCGAGAGAGGAAGUGAUUCAAUGGAUCACGAAUACCUGUUUUCCACAAGAAUCACCGAUAAAUAUGCGCAAAGAUCAGUUGAAAAAUAUGUUAAAUGAAGGCGCAGUAUUGCGCGGUUUCGAAGAAGCUCCAAUUUUGUUUCCUCCUACCUACAAAUACGAUCCGGGAACGCAGAAUUUUGAUUCUAGCAGUAAGCAACGCACUCCCGCGUACACCGACAGAAUUCUUUUCAGAGGGAAAGGUCACACCAGAGGAUAUAUUAGACGCGUUAGCCACGAGAAUUCUAGUUCUAAGGACGGGGUUAUAGAGUGCUUGAUAUAUGAUUCUGUUCCAAGUAUGUGCACGUCAGAUCACAAGCCAGUCUGGGGAGUCUUUAAAACCACAUUGAGGCCGGGUAUCGAUACAAUUCCGCUUGGUGCUGGACUUUUCAAUCGCGAAGUAUAUCUAGAAGGUAUUAGAAGACGCGCGGCGGCGAUGGAUGAUUCUCUUGAAACUUCAAAAGUUUGUUCCAUUCAAUAAAGAAAUUCAAAGCUAUUAUGAGAAUGUAUUAGCAGA